GCAUUAGCAUUUUACAUUCAGCGGUGCUACUGUUUUUGUUAGCAGGGAGUUUACUUUUAGGAAUUAUCAGCUUAUUUUUUAAUAACGAAUCUUAGUUUUAAGUACAUCACACGCAAACAUGGAGAUCGGCACAGAAAUAAGCAAGAAAAUACGGGCUGCUAUCAAGGGGAAACUUCAAGAACUUGAUGCCUAUGUUGGUCUCCCCAAGAUGAAGAGCUACCAGACUAUAUCAUGGUGAUGGUGGCCAACAAGAAGACUUCACAGCAGAUGUCUGACGACCUGGCCCUCUUCCUUGGAAACAAUACCAUCAAGUUUAUUGUCUGGUUACACGGAGUCCUGGAGAAACGGAGGUCUGUGGCAGUAGAACCAGAGUCGAUGAGGCCUCCGCUCUACUCUGAAGCUGGCAUCUCAGCUGCGAAGAGCCAGAGGAAGGGUGGGGGGGGUCAAAGGGGCUUGUGGUGUCCAGUUCGCUCUCUGAUAGGACGGAGGCCCGCGUGUCCAGCUCCGCCCAUGAGCACAGAAGGGUCUCCUCAGACAAGACCUCCCCGUCCAGCCGUACCUCCACGGUCGAGCCCCAGGUGGCAUCCUCCGAGGCCGUCAUCGACAUCAAGCCCGAGCUGGACGAUGAACUCAUCGACGAGGACCCCGUGGACAUGGGCGUCCUGCCUGGUCGCCUGCGUGGAUCUAACUCUGGAGGAAGAGGAGUGCGGGCGGCGACUCAGAUCUACCAGCCGCCCCCAGGGCAGGCCUUCCUCAGGGACAGGCAGGUCGGCAGACGCCUACAGGUCGUCAGAGGGAUCCUCGGGGUCUCACAGCAGGCAUCAGCACGGCAGCUAUCACAUGGAUAGUAGGAGCAGCAGAGACUGGAGGGCAUACAGAGUUGGAGGCAGCAGCAGGCACAGUGGGAAACGAGGAAGCGUAAGGCCCCAGUGGUGAGCGCCGUGGUGCGGGUGAACCAGGCGGCUGACGAGGGUCCAGACAGUGACGAGCUGGAGGAGGAGGAUGACGAGGAGGAUGAAGGAUACGGCGUCAAGAGCAUGUCCAGCAGAGUGUCCAUGCUUUCCAAACCAGAACGCAGUUUGUCUUCCUGCAGUGACUCCUCCCCAGUCCAGAAGUGUCUGUUCUUUCUUCCCAGAGUGUAAGAAGAUGAGCUGCCUGUUCUACCAUCCCAAGCCUUGUCGGUUUGGAGCCCAGUGUAAACGUACUGGCUGCACCUUCUACCACCCCACUGCCUCGGUCCCUCCCAGACACGCCCUCAAGUGGACUAAGGCCCAGAGCAGCUAGACUACAAGAGACGAGCAGCCGAGACUGACUGAAUCCAGAUGAUGUGAACCUAUUGAAGAUGUGAUGAUGCUAUUCAGUUAUUUUUUAUUUUUGUAUUCUCUUAUGGUUUAAUUAUCAACGAUCUGGUCAGUCUUUUUAUUUGCUUUUAUUUAAUUUUUAUGUGAAACUAACAGAUUUUUUUUUAACCGGACAACUUACAGGGUUUUAUAAAGUGGUGGUACGGCACAUUUUUUUUAUAUUACUGAAAGUAUAUUAAAGUACUCCACAUGUCAA